AUGCAGAAGCUCCUUCCGUCCCACAAGACGGCCCAUUCCAGUCACAUGCCAGAGGUCUCGGCAGAAUGGGCUGCAGCUGCUUCAAAUCUGCUGUCUAACAUCAGAAGCAGUUGGACAAACUGUACCGUACUGACUACAGUCAGGCUCCCGAGCGCCGAGGAAGACAGGGAAAAGAUUUGGGAUCCCAGCGCUAUGUUCUCGGAGGAUCUGUGGCUGGAAAAUGAGAAAAACUGUGCCGUUGUUCACAAGUCGAAGCGAGGAAGGAAGCGCCAAGAGCUCCUGGCCGUGGCCCUGGGGGUGAAGGUGGGAGUCAAGGGGGCACUUUUGUGGCAACCUCUGAAACUCUUUGCCUAUUCACAGAUCACCUCCUUGGUCAGAAGAGCAGCCUUAACUCAAAACGACAACCAUUUCAACUAUGAAAAAGCACACAAUUUUAAGGUCCAUACGUUUCGAGGUCCGCACUGGUGUGAAUACUGCGCCAACUUCAUGUGGGGUCUCAUCGCUCAGGGAGUGAGGUGUUCAGACUGCGGGUUGAACGUACACAAGCAGUGCUCCAAAUACGUGCCCAACGACUGCCAACCAGACCUCAAGAGGAUAAAGCGAGUCUACUGCUGCGAUCUCACCACGCUAGUGAAAGCCCACAAUACCCAGAGGCCGAUGGUUGUGGAUUCAUGCAUUCGAGAGAUUGAAGCAAGAGGUUUAAAGUCCGAGGGCCUCUAUAGAGUCUCAGGCUUCACCGAGCACAUCGAAGAUGUGAAAAUGGCCUUUGAUCGAGAUGGUGACAAGGCUGAUAUUUCUGCCAGUAUUUAUCCAGACAUAAAUAUCAUUGCUGGAGCACUGAAGCUAUACUUCAGAGACUUACCGAUUCCCGUGAUCACCUACGACACCUAUUCCAAGUUCAUAGAGGCAGCAAAAAUCUCCAAUCCUGAUGAACGACUAGAAGCAAUACAUGAAGUGUUGAUGUUACUCCCUGCUGCUCAUUACGAGACACUUAGAUACCUAAUGAUUCAUCUCAAAAAGGUUACCUUGCAUGAAAAGGAGAAUUUUAUGAAUGCUGAAAACCUGGGAAUCGUGUUUGGGCCUACUUUAAUGAGACCUCCAGAGGACAGUACCCUUGCUACACUGAAUGACAUGCGGUACCAGAAGUUAAUUGUGCAGAUUUUAAUAGAAAAUGAAGAUGUUCUCUUUUAGACAGAGAGAGACAUAUCUUCAAAGCUAUUUGUUUUAAAAUAAUUAGUUUGAACGAAAAACAACAUUUCUUUAAAUUUUUUUAAACAUAAAGGAAAAGUUCCUUGACUGCACUUCAAUUUCUGCAAAGUUGCAGAUGAAUGCCAAAAUGUUUAGGGAAAGCCUAUGUCUCAUAGACAUAUGCCUCUUUGUAGAAGGGAAAAAAAGGUCAGAAAAAAUCCUCUUACCUUGUAUCUUUUGCCUUGCCUCAGAUGUAUAUUUGUUUUGAGAAGUUGCAAACAAUUUUAUUGUUAACUUAUUAAGAAACACAAAACAUAUUUUAAUAUGGCUAGAGAAGCAAAAAGGUACUUAAUCAGUGUUACUUGUAUGCGCCUAUACUUUUCCCUCUCCAUGAGACAUAAUUAUAUAUGUCAAUUGUGAAACAGAACCUAUAUUAUAAAGAUAUUUUUACUUUACCUAGCUGAAAGAAUGCCAUUUUAUUUUAGCAAACUAUAAAUCAAUGCGGUGCAUUGAUUAUUUUCCACGUAAUUCUUUCCUGCAUUUUUGCUAUGAUAUAUUGAAAACAAUUACCACUAAUGCAGUAUUAUCCUGACAUACCUCUUUAUUGCAAGUGUUUAAAGUCUUUUCUUUUAUGUAUUCCAGCUUUCCUUAGGUUUCUUUGCAUUUAGGGACUAGGACUAGCAUCCUAAGACUGUACACUUUUA